UGUGAUGGUGAUAUAUAUAAACGACAACCAACAAUUUCUGUAUUGUCAGUGUCUUGCACAAAGCACAUAGUUCGUUGUUAAAGUAAGCAAAAAUGUCACUUGAUAUUUCCUUCGCUGGGAAAACCAUUCUGAUUACUGGAGGAGGCCAAGGUAUCGGUCGACAACUAGUGCAAAGAUUUUACGACGGAGGUGCAAAUGUGUGUACAGUAGAUAAGAAUCCAGCUACUGUUGAACAACUGCGGAAAGAGCUUCCACAGAUCAGGGCCGAAAUCGUAGAUUUAGCAGAUUGGGAUGCUACGAAAGAAGUCGUUGAAUCCUUUGGUGCAAUUGAUCAUCUGGUAAAUAGUGCCGGUGUGAUCAUUACUGAGGAGCUGCUAAACAUUACUAAAGAGUCGGCAACCCUACAACUCAACGUAAACUUUCUUGCUGCUGUAAAUGUGACGCAAUGUGUGGCUAAAGGGAUGAUAGCACGUGGAGUCGGUGGGACCAUACUUAACAUAUCUUCUGCGGCAGCUGUGAAAGUCGGAGCUCAAACAGCGAUAUAUAGCGCUACUAAAGCCGCCAUCGAAAAUUUAACGAAAACAAUGUCAGUGGAGCUGGCAGCACAUAACAUUCGAAUUAAUUGCAUGUGUCCCGGUGGCAUCGAUAAGCCAAUGUUAGCAUCAGUUCCGACCCAAUUGAAUGAAAGCUUGCAACGGUAUCUUAUCCAUCGAUUGAUUGAUCCCAAUGAACUUGCCGAUUUAGCAAUUUUUAUGCUAGGUCCGACAACCAGUAUGAUAACUGGCGAGUCUGUGAUCAUUGAUGGAGGCAAUACAAUCACGGCAAAAAUGUCACUUGAUAUUUCCUUCGUUGGGAAAACGAUUUUGAUUACUGGAGGAGGCCAAGGUAUCGGUCGACAACUAGUGCAAAGAUUUUACGACGGAGGUGCAAAUGUUUGUACAGUAGAUAAGAAUCCAGCUACUGUUGAACAACUGCGGAAAGAGCUUCCACAGAUCAGGGCCGAAAUCGUAAAUUUAGCAGAUUGGGAUGCUACGAAAGAAGUGGUUGAAUCCUUUGGUGCAAUUGAUCAUGUGAUAAAUAGUGCCGGUGUGAUCAUUACUGAGGAGCUGCUAAAUAUUACGAAAGAGUCGGCAACCCUACAACUCAACGUAAACCUUCUUGCUGCUGUAAAUGUGACGCAAUGUGUGGCUAAAGGAAUGAUAGCACGUGCAGUCGGUGGAUCCAUACUGAACGUAUCUUCUGGGGCAGCCAAAAGAGUCGGAGCUCAAACAGCCAUAUAUUCGGCAACGAAAGCCGCAAUCGAAAAUCUGACGAAAACAAUGGCAGUAGAGCUGGCAGCACAUAACAUUCGAGUGAAUUGCAUGUGUCCCGGUGGGGUUGAUACGCCAAUGUUAACAUCUGUUCCGACUCAAAAGGAUGAAUGCUUAAAACGGCAUCUUAUCAACCGGUUGAUUGAUCCCAAUGAACUUGCCGAUUUAGCCAUUUUUCUGCUGAGUCCGGCGGCUAGUAUGAUAACGGGCGAGUCUGUGGUUAUUGAUGGAGGCUAUACAAUCACGUAAAGUUUGGCUUUGUUUUGUAAUGGACAACGUACUUGUCACUUGCGAACAGAAUUGGUCUAAAGCAACAUUAUAUGUGAAGAACGGUUAGUGUGCGGUUUAUCACUAAACAUUUAAGGGAAAAUGAAUAAAUGUGUUGACUGGUCAA